AUGGCUACCGAUGACGAAUACAAACUCCACCAAGACAGUGUUGCUGGUGAGGUCGUGGUAAUGCGUGAGCGACAAGCCCUUGCCGAACGCUUGCUUGGACAGAGCGUUGUAUUUGACUGGGAGCUUCCUAGGACGUCUCUUGGGCAAUACAUGUGGCAUUGGUCAUCCCAAGUCGCCAUUAACCGGUGCCCCGUUGCCGCGCCGUUGGGAGACCUUUCGUGGAGUCGUCAAGGUGAGACAUGA